ACCCACUCGGGGCAGACGCUGCGCUCGGAGGAGACGGCACUGGAACCUAUGGACACGUCAUACCCCCGCGAGGGUCCCCGGAAAGCUGAUGGUGCUGCCCACUCACUCCCUGGGCUCGGAGCCCCGAGACCCCCGCCGAGAGACCACCUGAUUUGGUCGGUGUUCAGCGCCCUCUACCUGAACCUCUGCUGCCUGGGUUUCCUGGCUCUGGCCUACUCUGUCAAGGCCCGAGACCAGAAGGUCGCUGGAGACCUGGAGGCAGCCCGGCGUUUCGGCUCCAAAGCUAAGUGCUACAACAUCCUGGCAACUAUGUGGACACUGGUGCCACCUCUGCUCCUCCUGGCGCUGGUGGUGACUGGUGCCCUGCACCUGUCCCGGCUGGCCAAGGACUCCGCCGCUUUCUUCACCACUAAGUUCGAGGACCCGGACUAUGACUGACAGGCUGAGCCUCGUCCUGACCCACCCCUUGCCCCCUGGACCCCAGCCUCAUUCCAGGGCCUGAUCUCCACGGAGCCUGUGUGAGCCCUGGGGCCUCACCUGAAUCUCGAUGUCCCCCACCCACCCCUUCUGC